AUGUCCACAGUUGCUUCGCCGGUGUCUAGCAUGAUUGACACCUCGAUGACUUGCGGCGUGGGCGCCGCGGGUGUGACUACAGUUGAGAAGUUGCAGGAGUUGCAGCUUUUGGAGUCUUACGUUCGUUACAUGGCAUUGGAUAUACCGAUGUUGAAUGCUGCUAAGAGUGAGCGUGAGUGGGAUUGGUUUUUUCACAAGCUGGAAGAAGGGUUCAUGGUGGCUGAUGUUACCAAUGAUCAGAUGAAGCGGAAGUUGGCUAGAAGGUUCAUGCGUGGGCGUCAAUUGGCUGUGUGGUGUGAGUUGUCUUCCGAGGUUGUUGGGAGACAGCCUUUGAAAGGAGAGGGUGCUGCAGCUAGCGAAUGUACCACACAAGGCGAAAGCACGACACAAGGCGAAAGCACGACACAAGGCGAAAACACGACACAAGGCGAAAGCACGACACAAGGCGGCGCUAAGACUACCACAUACGAGAGCAUUCGUGAUGAGAUGUACCGCAAGUUCUUCCCGCACUCUGAGUACUUUGAUUCCCUGUUGGAACUCUACUCUGGCCAUCGCGAGGUGGAAAGCGAGGCACCCAGACGGAAGAUGUCCUUGAUUGGUGUCAAAUCUGUCAUAGGAAUUGCAAAAGAGACCAUGCAGAGAGUGGCCGUUCGGUAUGGUCGUGAUAUGCCCCCUGAAUCUUACUGGCUAGACUUUGCCGAACGCUUAAUGACACCUGGUGUUAAAGAAGUAUUCGACUCUCAGAAACAUCAGAUGGCUGAUACCAUGCCCAUCGAGGAAAUGCUCAGCCUGAUCAAAGAUCCAAAUGCCCGAACUCUAAGAGCGCCGCACAAAUUUAGGAAAGGCGCACGCAGGAACAAUAAAAAAAAGAUGACCACUACAACAACAAACAGCUCUAUCACCAAUAACGAAAAUUAG